AAUCAGUUUCCUCCUCUAUCUGGGGGCUGGCGCUGCCCUAUGUAACAAGUUAACAACCCUUUAAAACCCACUCUGUGAGUUCGUUAUUCUUUGUAUUCACCGUAGCUAGGGUUUUACAAUGGUAGACGGAAAGAGAAAAAGAGGUCAGAAAAACCCUAAAAAAUCAACCGAAGAAGAAGAACCCUCUAAUUCAUCUGCAUCUAUGGAUAUCGAAAACAAUGGGUCAGACUUUGCAACAACAGAAGUAACAACGAAAGGGGUACCAUUAAUGGAUGCUGUAGUCAAAGUAUUUUGUGUUCAUUCUGAACCUAAUUUUUCAUUACCAUGGCAAAGAAAAAGACAGUACAGUUCAAGUAGUAGUGGGUUUAUAAUUAGUGGAAGAAGAGUAUUGACAAAUGCACAUUCAGUUGAACAUUAUACACAAGUCAAGCUUAAGAAACGUGGGUCUGAUGUUAAGUAUUUGGCUACUGUAUUAGCUAUUGGAACUGAAUGUGAUAUAGCGAUGCUUACAGUCAAAGAUGAUGAGUUCUGGGAAGGUAUCUCACCAGUUGAAUUUGGGUCCUUGCCUGCACUCCAAGACGCAGUCACUGUUGUUGGAUACCCUAUCGGUGGAGAUACAAUUUCUGUCACAAGUGGUGUUGUAUCACGCAUGGAGAUCUUGUCUUAUGCAUAUGGGUCCACUGAGCUAUUGGGAUUGCAGAUUGAUGCAGCUAUAAACUCGGGAAACUCUGGGGGCCCUGCUUUUAGCGAUAAGGGGAAUUGCGUGGGUAUUGCCUUUCAGUCUCUUAAACAUGAGGAUGUAGAGAAUAUUGGUUAUGUGAUACCAACAACUGUCAUUAACCACUUCAUCGAAGAUUAUGAGAAGAAAGAGGAAUAUACAGGUUUCCCAACCCUUGGAAUUGAGUGGCAGAAGAUGGAAAAUCCCGAUCUUCGCAUGUCAAUGGGGAUGAGUUCACAUCAGAAGGGUGUCCGCAUCAAAAGAAUUGAACCUACAUCCCCAGAAUAUAAAGUUCUGAAGCCAUCUGAUGUUAUUCUCAGCUUCGAUGGAAUUGAUAUUGCCAAUGAUGGCACAAUCCCUUUUAGACACGGGGAGCGUAUUGCUUUCAGCUAUCUUGUUUCACAAAAGUACACCGGAGAUAACGCCAUUGUUAAAGUUCUGCGCGAUUCAAAGAUUCUCGAGUUCAAUAUAAAGCUACAAACCCGCAGACGGCUCAUUUCAGCAAACAUACAGGGAAAACCUCCUUCAUAUUACAUUGUUGCUGGAUUUGUGUUUGCCGCUGUAUCAGUUCCAUAUCUCCGUUCUGAGUAUGGAAAAGAUUAUGAAUAUAACACACCUGUCAAACUGCUGGACAAGCACUUGUAUGCAAUGGCGGAGACAGAAGAUGAACAGCUUGUGGUGAUAUCUCAGGUGCUUGUAUCUGACAUAAACAUCGGAUACGAAGACAUUGUCAAUACUCAGGUUCUUGCUUUUAAUGAUAAGCCUAUCAAGAAUCUGAAGGAUUUGGCGAGCAUGGUCGAGAACUGUGAUGAUGAAUAUCUGAAGUUCGAAUUGGACUACGAGCAGAUAGUUGUUCUGCAAACCAAAACAGCCAAGGCAGCAACACUAGAUAUUCUUUCAACUCAUUGUAUACCUUCAGCAAUGUCUGCUGAUCUCAAGACAUGAAGCAGUAAUGGGAGAGAGGUACCCAGCAUCACUCGACUACCCAAGUUAUUUAUUAUUACUCAAAACUCUUUAGAGUAGUGACAUUCGACUAUGCCCUUCCAGAAAAUAUAAAACACGUGGAGGUUUUCAAAUUCGUUAGAUUUGUAGAAGACCCACAAACACACACACACACAACAGAAGUGAGUUUCUGUGCUACAUCGCAACUAUUCAUUUAUUUGGUGAUGGAGGAUGGCAUGAAUCAAAUUGUUAUCCCUUGCCAGUUUUGAAAAUUAAUUGUUGAGAACAAGAAAUUGUAACCUUGAUAGUACAUUUUUCUUUCUUUUUGCUGUCGAAAGAAAGAAGGUCAGGAAAAUAACUAUCAUAAGUGACACUUUUUAUUUUGGUUUCUGUUA